AUGGGAUAUAUUCAGAUAGGGCCCAAAGCCGUGGAGAGCUUUGAUCUUGGCUUUUUCAAAAAUCUUGCGUAUUUCUUCAACGUCAUACCAUCUGGAUACCCAUUGUGGGUUCUUUUACUUCCACUCCGUACCGCCCCCUAUACCAAUGGAUUUGUAUGGGCGAGACGUCAAGGCUAUACCAAGCAUGGAGGACUAAGAGAAGGCGAAGAAAUGACGGAUGACGAGGAUUGA